CGCACGCCUGCAGGCAGCGAUGAUUAAGGGGUUGUUCUACAGCGAGUUCGACAACGUAGCAGGGCCUGUGAUCCUCUUCCAGGCGCCGGAAAAUGUGCUGAGCAACGAAGUGUUCGACAGUGUGUCGGGCUAUAUUAUCAUUGACAAGGCUCUCUGUGGAAAGAUCAUCACUGUUCGAGCGCAGCAGAUGAAGAUCGUCGGGUACCCAGUAUGCAUUGAAGACGACAAGUAUCACCGUAACGCGCUGCUAUUCAACAUCGGCUUUGUGUUCGACGAGCUCGUAGAGACGGCACCAUACCGACCAAUUCUUCGGAAGUUGGGAGCCUUAGUGGAGGGAAUGGAGAAGGAGAGCGGAUUCCUGUACAACGCAGACAAGAAGGAGCUCCUGGGCACCAUCCUACCUCAGAUUUUAAGAGACUUAACACUCCACGGCGAGUGCACGAUCCCAGUGGACACUGCGAAUGUUGUCAACUUGAAACUCUUCCCCACUUUACAAGACCCAGCCUCAGUGUUUGAGUACCAAGUGCCAGUAGCAAUCCGAGAUCUCCGUGCUCUUCUCGAAAAUAGUGCAGAAUGGGACUUGGCACUGCAACAGAUUGUGCCGUUCAUCGAUGGCGUCCGAUACGUGAAGCGCAUCAGUCUGGAAGCUGACGUGGAGAUUGCAAUCGUCAAGAAGUGUGUCCGUCAGCUUCUGUACUACGGCUGUGUCACCUUGAUCGAUAUCUUCCUGCAUUCCAACAUCUACGCCAACACUCCGAAGAUCGCCGUGCUUGCCAAUGACCCCAAACUCCAAGCUGAGUGUGCGGUAUACAUCUCGAAAUCCGGUCAUGCUCCUCCAUCAUUCGCUCGGAUCUUCGCCUUGUAUUGCUCGGUCCAACCCAGUCUGCGGAUGAGCGACUUCUGUGUCGUGUACUCGGACUCGCUCGCACUCAUCGAUGUCCGUCGAUUUGUCACGUUUGGACUCAUCCAUGGAUUCUUACGACGUGUGCAUCGCUAUCCUAUCUGCAUCGACCGCAACGUACCAGGCUCCAGUCCACCACAACAGCAACAAACUCAGCAACCCCAACAACAGUCGCAACAACAAGCAGGGCAACAAAAGGGUCGUCCGUAUACAUUGUCCACGAACUCGCCGUCAUUAUCUGCGAUGAACCCCAUCAGCGCUGCUCCAACCUCGACACAGCCAGCGAAUGGCGUGAACGGGAAUGGAGCUAAUGUCUCUAACGGAACUGGAGGCAACGCAAAUCAACUGGAGAAAGAUGUGCUUCGUAUGAUGGACGGCGGUCACCACACGGACGAAAUCUGCAGCAAAUUCUUGUUGCGAUACACCGACGUCGAGUCCACGAUCCAGAUGACACCCAACUGCUUUGCAGUGCACAAGUGA